AUGGAAUACCGUCGUCUUGGAAAAUCUGGCUUGAAAGUCUCUCCCAUCAUUCUCGGCUGCAUGUCGUAUGGGCUAAGUUCCUGGCAACCAUGGGUCUUGGAUGAGGAAGCGAGCUUGCCUCUCAUCAAAGCUGCUUUCGAUAAAGGUAUCAACACUUUUGACACGGCAGAUACGUACUCGAACGGAUUCAGUGAAAAGCUGCUGGGCACCGCCAUGAAGCGUUACAAUAUCCCACGUGAGCAAGUCGUCCUUCUCACCAAAUGCUACAAUUGUGUAGCCGAUCAGCCAAGCGACUUGGUCAUGGGCUUACCUCCUUCUCAACUCCAGGAGAAGUUUGGCGCCCAGUACAUCAAUCGCACUGGAUUGUCCAGGAAACACAUCAUUGAGGCAGUUGAUGCGAGUCUAGAGAGGCUGGGAACAACUUACAUUGAUGUUCUUCAGAUACAUCGACUUGACAAAGAAGUUGAGGCUGAAGAGAUCAUGUCUACUUUGCAUCAACUCAUUCUGCAAGGCAAGGUGCGCUACAUUGGUGCAUCGAGCAUGUAUGCGGUCGAAUUCGCAAAGCUCAACCAUGUUGCCGACCUGAAAGGCUAUACUCGCUUCAUUUCAAUGCAAAACUAUCAUAAUCUGUUGUACAGGGAAGACGAAAGAGAAAUGAUGCGCUACUGCGCUGCUGAAGGGAUCGCAGUGAUCCCUUGGAGCCCUUUGGCACGCGGUGCACUUGCGAGACCUUACCCAGCCGCUGGAGAAAACACCGAUACGACCCGUGCAGGUUCCGACCGCCUGUAUCGCUUGCUUCUCAAGGAAAAGGCUCAAGAGUCCGAUGCCAAAAUCGUUGGCGUUGUGCAGAAGAUUGCAAAAGAAAAGGGCAUUACUAUGGCGCAAGUAGCUAUUGCCUGGUCAUUGAUGAAAGUCACUGCGCCAAUUGUUGGUAUCAGUAACAUGGACCGUCUUGACGAAGCUAUCGCAGCUUUGGACGUGUCACUCACGCCUGAGGAAGUGGCACAAUUGGAAGCCGAAUAUGUGCCCAGGCCUAUCCUUGGGCAUGCUUGA